CCCCUUCUAUCUCCACCUUCAACUGUAAAAAGAAAAAGAAAACUUCUCGUUUUCUUUCUCUGACGCUAUAACGUGUUUCGUUUUCUCUCUAGAAAUGGGAACAGCUAUCCUCCGUUCCCACGAUUGCCUCCAAGGUCGCUUUCUCCCUAAUGAAGCCUUCGCCAUAGCUACGUCACGCGUAGCGUCGCGAAGAAACUCUAACCCUAAUAACAACCAUGCCUUCGCCUCCUCCGCCAAUCAAAUACGCCGCCGGAAGCGGAGUCCGGUCAUUGAUCGAGAUCGCCAUCGAUCCUCCGACCGAUCGACGGAGAAUUCUCCGUCCUCGGCGAACCUCGUCAUGGGACAAGUUAAGAUCCUGAAGCGGGGCGAGAAUUUGAGCCUGCUGAACAAUCAUACCGAGGUUAGAUCGAAGAGGGAGACGGGCCUGGAUUUGUUACUGGGCUCCACGGUCCGAUUGGGGCCCGAUCCUUUAACCGUGAAGAAGCAGAUUAGGGUUUCGGAUCCGAACAACGGCGUGUACGCGGGAUCGGCGUUCGUUUCGUCGCCGCAUCCGAGUUCCGUUCCGGUGCCGGGAUUUUUAGGACGUAACGGCGCGGCCACCAGUGAUUUGCGGCGGUUGCUGCGACUCGAUUUGGAAUGAUUAGUUCGAUGAUUUCGGUGUUUGCUUAAUAUUUGUCUUCUACUUUGGAAUGAUUAGUUGGUGUAUGAUGAUUGCCCGUAUGGUAUCUGAUGCGCUUCCUUUAUUUUUUCAAGAGGAUAGCCGCAGGGUUCGGGCACGUGAAGAAGAAGCGGAGAAAGCAACGCGUGAAGGUGGUAGGAAGGAUAUUUGUGCUACAGUUUCUGAAAGGGGUUAGUUAGUUAGGUAGUGUCGCCGUUAGUUUUAACUCUGUUAAAGGUAAAAGGGGUUGGGUAGAAGAAAUGAGAAUGUUGGUCUCAUAUAUGGGAAUCCUGAAUAUGUAGUUAAUGGGGGUUUCGUUUGAUAGAAGCAAGUUUGAUGUUUGUUCUGUGUUUGUUUGUGUUUUUAGGGGGUGUUUGUGUGAUGCUCUUAUUAUGAUACUGAUACAGUAGCUGUGAAACUUAUGUUAGUAAUGAAACGAAGUUCCUAGUA